AUGACACGGCGCACCUUUGGAAACGCCAUCUACUUCCCAUUGCUUCUUCAUUGGAUAUACGACACCCUCGUCCUUGACGUCUACUGCCCGCUGGCUUGGGGCUGCUCCAAGAAUACCCUUCAGAAACACUACAGCAGGGCCGUCUCAGCAGCUGCCCUCAACAACGCCACUGAUCGACCUCGUCUUCUCGACAUAGGUGUAGGCACCGGGUACUGGAUCUCACACGCGCCACUGGCCCCCAGAAGCAGCGUCCUCCUUGUCGACAUCAACGAGAACCCUCUCGCGGAGAGCAAGACGCGCAUAUGCAAGGCACAUCCGACAGUACUAGUGGAGACGGACAAGAUUGACGUUUUCGACCUCGGAAGCGCGAAGCCCGUACUGUCGCCGCCUGGCGGUGGCUGCGGACACGGCGAUAUAAAGUUCAAUGUCACCUCUUGUAUGCUGUUAUUGCAUUGUCUGCCUGGUACUGCCGACAGCAAGGGCAGGGCGUUGGCUCGCUUGAGUCAUAUGCUGAACACGGACGGCGUCCUUGUCGGGGCGACUGUCCUGGGCAGGGGCGUGAAACACAACGUCUUGGGGCGGUUCAUCAUGUUCUGGCACAACCUUCUAGGUAUAUUUCACAACUACGACGACGGUGCCAACGACAUUGUCGAGCAUUUGAAGUCUGCAUUUAAGGUCGUCAAUUGGCGCAUUGAGGGCACUAUGCUACUUUUCGAGGCCAGAUCACCGAGGUUACAGGAUUCGCCUUGA